UGGAAAUCUGCGGCUGGCGUCGGCUGGCCAUGUUUCAGCGGCGAAUUGUACCUUGUCUUCACCCCACUCACGAAUUUCGAGCUUGUGAAACUCGAUUUCACAACGGCCCUCCGUCCUGGACCAUGGCUGGAAAAGGUGGUCCUUAUAAGGUCUUCGUGGGCGGCUUGCCGCAGGAAUGUACUACCGAGGUGCUCAGCGACUACUUCUCAACCUUCGGCAUGUUGACAGAUGUGGUCGUCAUGAGCGACCGGGGCACCGGACGCUCCCGGGGCUUCGGCUUCGUAUCCUUCGACACAGUGGAGCCGGUGGAGCAGAUCAUGGCCAUGCACAAGGAGCACCAAAUCAUGGGAAAGUGGAUUGACUGCAAGAACGCCACGGUUGAAGGAACCAAAGGAGCUGGUGGAGGUAUGGGCGCUAUGGGCGGUAUGGGCGGUAUGGGCAAAGGCGGUGCCGGCGCUAGUGGCGGCAUGAAAGGAGCUGGGAAACCUGGAGAUUGGAAAUGUCCUAAUUGCGGUGCCCUCGUCUUCGGAUCAAAAUCUGAAUGCUUCAAAUGCGGGACUCCAAAACCAGAUAGCAGCUAUGGUGCGACCAGUUAUGGAGGCUAUGCUGCCAUUGCACCACCCUCUAGCUGUGGAGGCGGCUGUUCCGGUGGUGGCGCUGGAUACGGUGGUGGCAGCUAUGGCGGAGGCGCAGCCGCAUACGGCAGCGUUGGUGGCAGCAUUGGUGGCGGCGGUGGCUGGACAGGCAAAGGAUGCCUAGGCGCCUAUGGAGCCUAUGGCAAGGAUGGCAAGUCAGGAAAGGGUUACUCGCCCUACUGAGAGGCGUUUCUAUGGCGCUGGAGAGGUCCAGCCGCGCCGCGUCGCGCCGCGUCGGACGCGGUAGCUGCUGCGAUGGGACCGGAGGAUACCAGAGGUCCAUUGCCGACGAAUGCAGAUGUGACGAUACCCCC